UACUGUUAAAAGUCUCGAUGUAACUAAAAAAUAGUACAACACAAUAUACGUAAUAUUUAUUUUUGUUAAUUUUCCGACGUGAUUUUUUAUAUUUAUGCUCUUCGACAAUCUUCCACACUCACAGACAGUUACAGUGAAAUAAAGCUUCCAUUCUCCUCCGAAGGAAUAUUUUUUUUUUGCUUUUACUUUCAGUUGCAGUCCAACUAUGGCUGCCCCUUGAGUUUAGCUUUCCAAAAAGCACAAGAAUAUAUUCCAGAAAGGCAAAGAUAAAAACACAGAGAAAAAUAACUAAAAUAAAUAUUAAAAAAAAUAAAACGUCAGUUUCAAGUUGUGACUAGACUGUCUUGUUGUGUUAUUCAAACUACAACCAGAAAGCAAACCAGAAGCUGACUUGUGGAGAAGAGAGAAGAGAAGAAGAAACUCAAUCUCUUUCGUUUGUCAGUCACUAAGAUUUUCGGGCACCUCUGAAACUGCUGACUGUUGGAUUCAACGAGUGGCUCACAAAACUUUGGGAUUUUCUGAAGCAAUAGGCAGGGAUUUGGAAAAGCAAUAGCUUGUGGAUUUGUAAUCAUCAUUAUUUUCCUGGAUUUGUUUGGAUCUCAAGGUCACUGAGCUAUUUGUUCAAUCUUCAAUCCAUUGAGCUAAGGGUUUUUGUAUAUGGUUUUGGGAAGCUGAAUGCAGUAACUGGAACUGCUAUGGCAAAACGCUCUCUCUGUUCUCUGCCUUUGGUUCUUGCUGUCAUUAUAUUUUCAGUUCGUGAUUCCGAACAGCACCUAUCCUCCGAAGCUCUGACCCUUAUGAGAAUUACGCGACUCCUAAACUUUCCAACUGUCUCGAAAAGCUUGAAUAACUACACAGAUUUUUGCAACUUUGAAGUGAAUUCUUCUUUUGCGGUCUCAUGCUACGAAGGGAACAUAACCCAGCUGCAUAUAAUCGGCGAAAAACCUGCUCCUUUGUUGCCUCGAAACUUUUCAAUUGAUUCCUUUGUAACAACUCUGGUUAAGCUUCCGAGCUUGAAAGUCCUCACAUUGGUCUCUCUUGGUUUAUGGGGAAACUUGCCUGGUAAAAUCGCGCGUUUAUCAUCACUCGAAAUACUUAAUGUGACCUCAAAUUUCUUGUAUGGCACCAUCCCUCCAGAGCUUUCCUCUCUAACAAGCCUCCAGACACUUAUACUCGAUGACAACAUGUUUUCUGGACUGCUUCCAGAAGGGCUGGGUUCGCUACCAGUUUUAUCUGUUUUGAGUUUGAAGAAGAACUUGUUCAAUUCAUCCUUGCCGAGUUCAUUGAGUGAGUUGGAAAGUCUUAGACUUCUUGGGCUUUCUCAUAACCACUUCUAUGGGGAACUGCCUGAUUUUAGUCGUUUGACGAACCUUCAAGUUCUUGAAGUGGGAGAUAAUGCUUUUGGACCUCAGUUUCCGAAACUUGGGAAAAAGUUGGUCACCCUUGUACUGAGAAAGAACAAAUUUCGGUCUUCCAUCCCAGCUGAAUUGAGCUCCUAUUAUCAGCUACAAUGUCUAGACGUUUCUUCCAACAUGUUCGUGGGGCCAUUUCCUCCAUCGCUGCUAUCUCUACCUUCGAUUACUUACCUUAAUUUUUCAGGAAAUAAAUUCACAGGAAUGCUUUUCGAAAAUUCAUCUUGCAAUGCUGAACUUAAAGUUGUGGAUUUAUCCUCGAAUCUUUUGACUGGAAGCUUGCCAAAAUGUCUUGAGUCGGAUUCUAAGAACAAGGUUUUCCUGUAUGCAAGCAAUUGUUUAGCUACUAGUAAUCAAAAUCAACAUCCGCUUCCAUUUUGCCACAAUGAGGCGUUAGCUGUUGGAAUAGUACCUGACCGAAGCAAGCGAAAGCAAGCCUCCAAAGCAGCCCUUGCCUUGGGUAUAAUUGGAGCGCUUUUUGGAUGUGUUCUACUUUUCGGUGUAAUCUUCUUUGUAUAUAGAAGAAUGAAUGCCAACAAGACAACGAAGAAAUCUCCAACAAGAUCAGUAACAGAGAAUGCAUCAAGUGGAUAUACCUCAAAGUUACUAUCAGAUGCAAGAUAUAUAUCUCAAACAAUGAAGUCGGGAGCGCUUGGCCUUCCAGGUUAUCGAACCUUUUCACUCGAGGAACUUGAGGACGCUACACAAAACUUUGAUACGUCUACUUUCAUGGGUGAAGGCUCACAUGGACAGAUGUACAGAGGCCAGUUGAAGGAUGGUUCUUUUGUUGCCAUCAGAUGCUUGAAAAUGAAAGGAAGUCACAGCACUGAAAACUUCAUGCACCAUAUAGAGCUAAUUAUGAAACUACGGCAUCGCCAUUUGGUCAGCGCACUUGGACACUGCUUUGAGUGUUACUUGGAUGAUUCGAGCGUCAGCAGAAUAUUUCUUGUCUUCGAAUAUGUACCAAAUGGCACACUUCGGAGCUGGAUAUCUGGGGGACAUCCCAGACGAUCACUUGCGUGGACACAACGCAUAGCAGCUGCAAUAGGCACAGCAAAGGGCAUUCAGUUUUUGCACACGGGGAUCAUGCCUGGUGUAUUUUCAAAUAAUCUUAAAAUAACAGACAUUUUACUGGAUCAGAAUUUUGUUGCGAAAAUUAGCAGUUACAACCUUCCUCUGUUAGAAGAAAAUAUGGAACAGAUAUGCUCCUCCUCGCCGGGUGGUCAUGGAGUCUCUUCGAGCAGAUGUGUAACUUCCAGUACCGGUGCAAGGAAGAAAGACGACGAUAGGACUGAUGUUCAUGACUUUGGAGUAAUAUUGCUGGAAAUGAUCAAGGGGAGGCAGGUGAAGUAUGAGGCUCAAAUCGGGGCCUUAGAAGAUCAGCUACAAGUGGCCCUUACAGCUGAUGAUGAAGCUCGAAGAAGCGUGGUUGAUCCACGGGUUAAGCAGACGUGCUUGGAUCAGUCAGUGAAGACAAUGAUGGAAAUUUGUGUUCGGUGUCUGCGCAAGGAUCCAUCAGAAAGGCCUUCUAUUGAGGAUGUUCUGUGGAACUUGCAGUAUGCUGAACAAGUUCAGGAUGCAUGGCAAGGAGGAGAAUCCCAGAGCAGUGAGGGCUCUCCGGUUUCACCUUCACAACCUCCACGCCUCACCUUUUAGUUGUGAGUUACCGGAGUUUUUUUUAUGCUUGAGAAUUCAAGCCACAGCUAGCUACACAGAGAGAAUUAAUGACUUCCGCCGAGAAAGAUGUUGCAUUACUCAUAUCCGGCAUCAUAGGUUACUGAAGACCUUAAAGGGAUCAACCGAUGGCGAACCAUGCCUUGCCGGCCAGUUAUCUAUGUUCUGCAGCAGUUUAGAGAUUUCUUGGUUUUUAAGUCACAACUGUAAAUUAAUGAGUGUAAACGUUCUUUACCUUUUAUCCAGAUUUCUUGGUUUACAAGGGAUCGUAUGUGUCCAGCGUACUACAUAUACUGAGCAAACGUUAUUUACCUUUUAUCCCCA